AUGCUCGACGAAUCAGCCCCUUACAUCCCUAAAGGAAUCAGACCGAUCGAAAAGGUCAUCCCCUACAAAGAUUGUAACUACUACACUUACACAUGGAAGACUACACUUACAGGCGAGCGAUACCGUGGCCGAAUCCUCGUUAUUCACGGCUACAGAGAUGUCCAUAUGGUAUAUUAUUAUACAAUGGAGCAGCUUACCAAGGCCGGAUUUGAUGUCUUUUACUUCGAUCAGCGCGGCGAGGGAAGAACGGUCCUUGUUAACGGCGAGAAGGGUACCGCAAGUGAUGAGACUGCUUUCGAGGCUGUGGACUUUUUCAUAGCAUACAACUUGAAGGUAUUAAGCCAAGAGUCCAAGCCUGAUCGUCUCUACCUAUUUACGGUUUCCAUGGGCGGUGGGAUUGCGUUGAACUAUGCAGCCAUAGGCAAGCUGCGUACCAAGAUAACCGCUAUUGCAAACAUUGGUCCCCUUAUUUUACUCCAUCCAAAGACCUAUCCUGGCAAAUGGACGGAAUUACUGGUUCGAGCCCUUUGUACCAUUCCCUGGCUUCAGGGUGCGCACGUGAAAACAGACCUUCAUGCGGACUACAUUGCUGGUGAUGAAAAGUAUGUGAAUUACCUCGCAGACCGUAACGAACGUAAUCCUUUAUAUGCGACCCUUGUUGAGUCACGUGACUUUCUUCUUCGCGGAAGGAAGCUAUUGACUAGUGAGCGCUAUGAGAAGAUUGAUAAGAAAUUACCUAUUUUGAUCUGCCAUGGAACUGCGGACUAUAUAAAUGACAUAAAAGGAAGUAGAGAGUUUAUGGAGAAGCUUGAAAGUGUCGAAGGAAUGGAGAACAAGAGGCUAAUUGAGUAUCCUGGAGGACGUCACGUGCUCUUCAUCUGCGAGCCAGAGAUUAGAGACAAGUCGAUUCAGGACGUCGUAGAUUUCUUCAAUGAAUUUCAGUGA